AUGGCCUCCGGUGCCUCAUCGGCAGAACAUGUCCCGCAGCGGGCAGCGUCACCGUCAACCAGUUUCUAUGCUCUGAGCGACGACGAGGAAGGUGGCUACAACACAGUCACCCAGGUCGAGACGGGGAGGGGGGUCAAGCUCCUGUUCUCGAAGAGCAAGGUCUACGUUCACCCGACGCCAUCCGCCAAAGACAACAUCCCGGGCUAUAUUGCCCUUCUGCAGCAGAAGAGACCUCGAGAUGACCGGCCGACGUCGUCGUCUUCCCGCCACUCGCAGCCGCCAGUCUCGGCCGACCUGCUUCUCGCGUGGGUGCCCGAAUCCGCCCUGGGGGACUCGGCAAGUGUCUACGUCAAGGUCGACCUCUCCGACGGGGACUCGCCGCCGAAGCAGUCCUAUCUCGUUCCUCCGCCGCCCACCGUCACCACCCACAGCGGCUCCGUAGGCGGCUACUCCUUCGCCAUCCCCAUGAGCGCCGUAUACUCGCUCCUCGUUCGGCCGCCCAGUCUCGGUUGGUGGUACGGGUCCGUCAUCAUCAACUCGAGGGCCGGAGACAGCUUCCCCGCCCUCUUCUUCCACGACAACGAGUGCGAGAGCACGGUGCUGCAGAAGCGGAAGCUGACCAAGGACAACUUUGACCCCUUCGGCGACGACGGCCAGACGUUCUGGGGUGCCGACGAAGUCCUUCGCUGGCUGCGCAGGUACAUCACCUUGGAGAGAUCGACGGCCGAGCCCAACAUCUACCUCGUCGAGCCCACGUCCGAGGACCGGACGGCCUUCGGAGCCAUCCCCGCCCCGGCGGCCACGGCAGCUCGCGGCAAGGGCGGCAACGCCGGAUCGAGCAGUCGAGAUGCCGAGAUGGAUCCCUUCGUCAAGCUCGUCAAGGAAACCGGCUGGAACCUGAUGAACCACCUCAGCAAGGUCACCACCUUCACCAGACGCGCCGCCCAAGACUUUGCCGAAAACUCAAACAUGCCGCCCCAGGUCAAGAGAUUGCUGCGGAAUCCCGAGGUCCAGACCCUGCAGGACGAGUUCGACAGCGCCCGGAUAUACCUCGCCCGGUGGGCGAUGGGCAUUGCCGAACAGAGCGAGCGGGACAGAAGAGGCCGCUUCUGGACUGCCCGCGACCUCAUGGAGCUCGAAGACACCGACGUCGGCGAGUUUGAGCUCCUCGAGGGUGCCACCUCGCUAUCGCUCGACGAGCGCCGCCGUCCCGUGACGAUGGAGGAGUGGAGAAAGUUCUUCGACGCCGAAAGCGGCCGACUGUUGGUGACGGUCGACGAGGUCAAGGAGCGAAUUUUCCACGGCGGGUUGGAUGCCGAUGAUGGCGUCCGCCAGGAGGCCUGGCUCUUCCUCCUCGGCGUCCAUGGUUGGCACGGCACGGCCGACGAGCGAAAGGCCGAAAUGGCGUCCCUGCGGGAUUACUACUAUCGCCUGAAGCAUUCCUGGUGGGAGAGGUUGGAUGGGGAAGGCGGCGAGGGGGAAACGGGCGACUGGUGGCGCGAGCAGAAGGGGCGCAUCGGCAAGUUGACGUCCCGCCCUCUCUCUCUCUCUCUCGACGUCCAUCGCACGGACCGCAACGUGCCCCUCUUCCAAGGCGAAGACACGCCUCACCCGGACCCGAGCUCGCCCUUUGCCGAGGUCGGGACCAACGUCCACCUCGAGCAGAUGAAGGAGAUGCUGCUCACGUACAACGAGUACAACAAAGACCUCGGCUACGUCCAGGGCAUGUCGGACCUUCUCGCCCCCAUCUACGCCGUCAUCCAGGAUGACGCCAUCGCCUUUUGGGCGUUCCAAAAGUUCAUGGAGCGAAUGGAGCGCAACUUUCUGCGAGACCAGUCCGGCAUGAGGGCGCAGCUGCUCGCGCUCGACCAUCUCGUCCAGUUCAUGGACCCCAAGCUGUGGAACCACCUCGAGAGCGCGGACAGCACCAACUUCUUCUUUUUCUUCCGCAUGGUGCUCGUCUGGUACAAGCGCGAGUUUGGCUGGAUGGACGUGCUGCGACUGUGGGAGGGGCUGUGGACCGACUACCUGACGGCCGAGUUUCCGCUCUUCGUCGCGCUCGCCAUCCUCGAGAAGCACAGAGACGUCAUCAUGGACCAUCUCAAGGCCUUUGACGAGGUGCUCAAGUAUGUCAACGAGCUGUCCAGCACGAUUGACCUCGAAUCGACGCUCAUCCGCGCCGAGGCCCUCUUCCGGAGAUUCCAGCGCCUCGUCGAAGCCGUUGACAAGAAACAAAACUUCCCCCCUCCACGUGUCGUGGAGCGUUCUGGCAGCCCGAGCGCAGCGCAGCCAGCGGCGACGUCAUCUAGCCCCGCGUCGAGGCAGGGAACUGCGGCGACGGCCAAAGGCAAGGAGCCCAACGAACCGGAACGACGAGUGAUCACGCCGGAGCUGCGCAAGCUGCUGAGCAGAAAAGUGGAAGUGCUUCCUCGGAAGGCGUCGGUUCAGGGAGGGGAAGCUGGGAUGCCGACUGGCUGA